GUAAAAUCUGUGAUAUUAGUGUUAUAUUUUAACUACAUUGCUUUACGUUUACGUUUUAAAAUUUGAAUUUAAGAAAAUAGUACUAUAAAUGCAAUUCAAAAAUGUCUGAUGAUGAAGACGGUGUACAUAAGUUGUCCGGGUACAAUCACACUGAAGGCGGUCUAAUUAUUAAAAAAAAACCUAAACCUGCUGAACAGUUUGAGUUUAAAAUACCCGAUGUACCUAAAGGUUCAUUGCUUGGGUUGGACAAAUUGGCUGCUCAAAAACGGUUAGAACGAGAAUUAGAAAAAACCAAGAAAUCGACGUUACAUUCCUAUACAGACAAUGACGAUGUAGGACAAGAUAUUGAAGAGACACAUUUAAAAGACAAUCUUAAACAUAAGAACAAAAGCCGACAUUAUCGAUCAGCCCAUGAAGAAACUCCAACAUAUACUGGAGGGUUAUCAAAACAAGCAAUAGAAAAACAAGAAAGAUUGAAAAAAUCAUAUAAUCGCGGUGUUCAUUAUUCAACUUCAGAUUCUAAAGAUAAACGGAAUCGUCAUCGUGAGAGAAGAAGCAGUGACAAAAGUGACAAAUGGAAUCGUCGAAAUGAACCAUAUUAUAAAAAACAAGAAAGAAGUGGUAGCCGUGAUCAUCGAUCCAGUAGAACACCAUCUUAUAGAAGUAGAGAUGAACCUUUAACUCCUAAUGUCAGACUUCGAGAUACACCAUCUAGAACUACUUGGGAUGAAGAUGAUCAUAUGUCUUCAUAUAAAUCAUCUACAUGGGAUAUGCCAACUCCAAAAUCUAGUAUUGAUGAUGAUCCAACUAGAACACCUAGAUUUACUCCAGCUUAUAAGUAUAAUAAAUGGGAUAGCAAUCGUGCUUCAGGAGCUACACCUAAACCAGGAAAAGAAAAUGAUCUAUUAUGGGCUAGCGAAACUGAUCGUGACGAAUGGGAAGAAGCUCAAAACCGUUUAGAUAGGCAAUGGUAUAAUUUAGAUGAAGGAGUUGAUGAAACUAAUAAUCCAUUUAGUGAUGUCAGUGAAUCAUAUGCCAAAAAAAAAGAACAACAAUUAGCUCAAAGUAAAAAGAAACGUAUGUCUGCACAACAAAGACAAAUUAAUAAAGAUAAUGAACUGUGGGAACGUAAUCGUAUGUUGACUAGUGGUGUAGUAGUAUCUGUUGACAUAGACGAGGACUUUGAUGAAGACAAUGAAGCCAGAGUUCAUCUAUUGGUACAUAAUAUUGUACCUCCAUUUUUGGAUGGCCGGAUUGUGUUCACAAAACAACCUGAGCCUGUUAUACCAGUUAAAGAUCCAACUUCUGACAUAGCAAUAGUUGCCAGAAAAGGUUCAAUGUUGGUACGAACUUUCAGAGAACAAAAAGAACGAAAACGAGCCCAAAAGAAACAUUGGGAAGUAGCAGGCACUGCUAUAGGAAACAUAAUGGGAGUAAAAAAAAAAGAAGACGAUAAAGAUGAACGAAUCGAUGAAGAAGGAGAAACUGAUUACAAAACUGACCAACAAUUUGCUGAACAUAUUAAAAACACACCAGAAGCCAGUAGUGAUUUUGCUAGAAAGAAGACAUAUGCACAGCAGAGACAGUAUUUGCCAGUGUUUGCAGCCAGACAAGAGUUGUUGAAUAUCAUUAGGGAGAAUAAUAUUGUCAUUGUUAUUGGUGAAACAGGUAGUGGUAAAACUACUCAACUUACACAAUACCUCCAUGAAGAAGGAUACAGCAAGUUUGGCAUGAUUGGCUGUACACAGCCGAGAAGAGUUGCUGCUAUGUCGGUGGCUAAACGUGUUUCAGAUGAAAUGAACACCAAACUUGGUGAUGAAGUAGGAUAUGCUAUUCGUUUUGAAGAUUGUACUUCUGAGAAAACUGUAAUAAAAUAUAUGACUGAUGGUAUUUUACUUAGAGAAUCAUUGAGAGAUCCAGAUUUAGAUAAUUAUAGUGCUGUUAUCAUGGACGAAGCUCAUGAAAGAUCAUUGAAUACUGAUGUUCUUUUUGGUCUCUUAAGAGAAGUGGUUACUAGACGUACUGAUCUCAAAUUGAUUGUAACAUCAGCUACAAUGGACGCUUCUAAAUUUUCUUUAUUUUUUGGUAACGUACCAACAUUUAACAUUGCUGGUCGGACUUUCCCUGUAGAAGUUAUGUUCAGCAAAAAUCCUUGUGAAGACUAUGUUGAAGCUGCUGUAAAACAAGCAUUGCAAAUACAUUUACAGCCUCAUGAAGGUGAUAUACUAAUAUUCAUGCCCGGUCAAGAGGAUAUUGAAGUAACAUGUGAAACACUAGCUGAGAGAUUAAACGAAAUAGCCGAUGCCCCACAAUUAUUAGUGCUCCCAAUUUAUUCACAAUUGCCUUCAGAUUUACAAGCUAAAAUAUUUCAAAAAUCUAGUGAUGGAUUACGAAAAUGUGUUGUAGCUACAAAUAUUGCAGAAACAUCAUUAACAGUUGAUGGAAUUAAAUUUGUUGUUGAUACUGGUUAUUGUAAAAUGAAAGUUUAUAAUCCUCGAAUCGGUAUGGAUGCAUUGCAAAUUUAUCCCAUCAGCCAAGCAAAUGCUAAUCAAAGAAGUGGUAGAGCGGGUCGUACAGGUCCUGGACAAUGUUUCCGAUUAUACACAGAAAGGCAAUAUAAAGAUGAUUUACUGAUGGGUACAGUUCCUGAAAUCCAAAGAACUAAUUUAGCUAACACUGUGUUAUUGCUGAAAUCAUUAGGUGUUCAAGACUUACUUCAGUUUCAUUUUAUGGACCCCCCUCCACAAGACAACAUUUUAAAUUCUUUAUACCAACUGUGGGUACUAGGAGCCUUAGAUAAUACAGGAGAAUUAACAUCUCUUGGACGUCAAAUGGCUGAAUUUCCACUAGAUCCGCCUCAGUGUAAGAUGUUAAUAGUAUCAUCAGUGAUGAACUGCACAGCUGAUGUAUUAAUCAUUGUUUCUAUGUUAUCUGUGCCUUCAAUUUUCUACCGACCAAAAGGUCGAGAAGAAGAUUCUGACAAUGUCAGAGAAAAAUUCCAAGUUCCCGAAUCUGACCAUUUAACUAUGUUGAAUGUUUAUAACCAAUGGAAGCAAAAUAGUUAUUCAGCAUCUUGGUGUAACGAACAUUUUAUUCACAUUAAAGCUAUGCGUAAAGUUCGUGAAGUAAGACAACAACUUAAAGACAUUAUGGUUCAACAGAAAAUAGAAAUUAUAUCCUGUGGUACCGAUUGGGACAUUAUUCGCAAAUGUAUAUGUUCAGCUUACUUCCACCAAGCAGCAAGAUUAAAAGGAAUUGGUGAAUAUGUAAAUUGCCGUACAGGCAUGCCUUGUCAUUUGCAUCCUACAUCAGCUCUUUUUGGCAUGGGUUUUACUCCUGACUAUGUUGUAUAUCAUGAACUUAUAAUGACUUCAAAGGAAUACAUGCAAACUGUAACUGCAGUGGAUGGCCACUGGUUGGCUGAGUUGGGUCCUAUGUUCUUUACUGUUAAGGAAACUGGCAAAUCAGGUUCGGCAAAACGACAAACCAUGGAAACCUUACAAGAAAUGGAAGGUUCUAUGAGGAUAGCACAAGAGGAAAUGAAAGCAAGAAAACUCGAAGAAGAACGUAAACAAUUAGCCAGCAUCAGAAAAGUGGAAAUCAUUACUCCAGGUAAAUGGGAACCUGGUACCCCAACACUGCGUCGCAAACAAGGAAAUUUGGGGCUAUAGCAGUCUUUAUUUUAUUGUACUUGUAAACACUAUUGCUUUUUUAUAAAUUGAUUAUUGUUGAAAUUGAAUUUAACAAUAGGUACUAAAAAUAUGUGUUUGUAUACUAUGUCCAUGUAUAAAAUAUAUAUU